UAGUAACUGAACAGAUUGCAACAUGACGACUAUCGUGCUGCGCGCCAUGAGUGAGGCUGAUAUCGAUGAGGCAACCCUCUUUUUACGCGACCACUUCUAUGGGCAUGAGCCGCUAAUGCAAACGCCCGGAGAUCACCAGGUGAUCUUUGACGAUCCGAAGCGAAGGGAAUAUCGCCUGUCGCUCAUACGACAGGGCACCUCCCUAGUUGCCCUAGAGGGUGAUCGCUUUGUGGGCGUGGCCUUUGCUGGUCUACUGCAGCCCAGCGAUCUGGAGCAAAAUUGGCUUGAGGUCAAUGAGCAGAGGCCGAAAAAUCUAAUUGAACAUACCCAUUACUUUCUGUCUGACAUUGAGCGCAGAGCGCGUUGGUUUCAGCAUUACGGCGCAUUAGAUACGCUUUAUCUGAGCAUUCUGGCAGUGGAUGCCUCGGUGCGUCGUCAGGGACUGGGACGCCGUCUGGUUACCGCGUUGAUGGAAGUGGGUCGCGCCAAGGGUCUGCCCCUGCUGGUGGCCACCUGCACUAGUCUCUACUCGGCACGUGUGAUGGCCGCCCUAGGAAUGGAAUGUGUGCUGUCCGAGGCAUAUGCGAAUUACAAGGAUGAGCACGGAAAUGUGGUUAUACAACCGCCAGCGCCACACAUCGAGGCGCGUGUAAUGGCAAUAAAAUUGUAGGCGAAGCGCUGAUCAAAAUUUACUGGCCACUAUAUAAACUUAAGUAUGUAAACUACUUUAAGAAACUAUAAAUUUGGUUGGGGGCAUAUCUUGACGUGAUAUGCGAAACUAACUUGAGAUUUACAUUAAAGACAUCAAUUUGUAAGAGAAUGCAUCAAGAACUCUAAUAUAUUUUAUAAGAAUAA